GGGGGCACGCGCUGGAACCACUUGCGGCAUAUUACGUGACACUAGUUGCCGUCUCUUGACUGCGCAGCAAAACAGUGUGCUUUUGGCUGUGGUUCGAUCGUGUAGAACAUUUUGCAGACGUCCUUUAGUAUUUUCCUGAUUUGUAGCAAUCAUGUCCCUUCGAGUUUUGUACGCCCAGCAGUCUCUGCUUAAUGCAUUGAGCCAGACCCUUGUUCGUAGCAUGUCCACGCAGGGCGGCUCUAAGAACAUUGGCUUCAUCGGUCUUGGCAACAUGGGCAACCAUAUGGCCAGCCAUCUGAUAAAGGCCGGACACAAGCUGCAUGUGUUCGACAUCUCAAAGCCUGCGGUCGAAAGUCUAGCUGCUAAGGGUGCCACUGCCUAUACGAAGACGACGGAGUUGGCCAAGAACUCCGACUUCGUAAUCACUAUGCUGCCCAACAAUGAUAUCGUGAAUGCCUCAUACGAGGAGAUGACCUCUGAUGGCGUCAACAAGAACACAAUUUUCAUUGAUUCCUCCACGAUCGAUCCUAAUUUGGUCAAGUCGCUGCAGAAGCGUAUCAGUGCAAAGGGAGCCCGUUUUAUUGAUGCACCCGUCUCUGGCGGUGUUCCCGGUGCCGAGCAGGGUACCUUAACCUUCAUGGUGGGCGCCACAGAUGAGGAAUACAAUGCCGUCAAAUCGAUCCUUGAGUGCAUGGGCAAGCGCAUCACCCAUUGUGGCACCUACGGAAUGGGACAGGCUGCUAAAAUCUGCAACAAUAUGAUGCUGGGUAUUUCAAUGAUUGGAGUUGCGGAGGCAAUGAAUCUGGCGAUUCGUCAGGGCUUGAAUCCACACACAUUUGCUGAAAUAAUCAACUCAUCGACCGGUCGCUGCUGGGCUUCCGAGCUGUACAACCCCGUGCCCGGUGUGACGCCCACUGCUCCUGCCAAUAGAGACUACGCUGGUGGCUUCUCCACCGAUCUAAUCACCAAAGAUUUGGGUCUGGCCUCAGGUGUGGCCACCUCCUCCAACACACCAAUUCCCAUGGGCGCCAUGGCGCACCAAAUCUACCGUACUCUGAAGUCACAGGGUCUGGGCAGCAAGGACUUUUCCGUUGUCUAUGAUUUCAUGAAGAACGAAAAGUACAACUAAGUGUUCAUUAAUAUAUAUGUACAUGCAUACAUAUGUACAUAUGUAGAUAUGUCAGUGACAUUGACAUUGGCAGUGACAGUGGCAGACGUUCACACACACAAACAAAACACCAGUUUUGCAUUUAUAGCGAGUUAAGUUAAGCAUUUCGUUACAACAAUCUGACUUAUAGGGCUUCCUACACCUCUUUCUGUUUUGAUUUAUUUGCAUUUAUUUUAUCGCAGUGCAAUUUAUUUUCUGUGUAGCUUAUGAAAUGAGUUAUAAUGUUGAUUACAUUCUAUUAAAGCAGUACUUGUAUAAUAUGGA